CCCUUUCUAUAUAUCUCUCCGGACAUGGUCAAGAAAUUAAACUCCUAAUUAAUAUAAUACCCACCUGCUUCUCUCUCUAGAUUUACUCAUUCAUUUCUCCUGUACAGAUUUUCAUAUAUAUAUAAGUGAUUCAGAAGUUCAAGAUUUCAAACAUUUUGCAAGCACAAAUAAAAAAAAUAGUUCAAGAAAUGGAGAAACAACAUCAAUCAGCCAAACCAAAGAACAAGAUCCUGAAAUUCUUACCGAAAGCAGCUGCUCCGGCGGUUUCAUUUCAGAAUCCGCCGUUCAGUCCGAGCAGAAUCGACAAAAGAUUGGCAGAGGUUCACAAACACAUUCAUCAGCAUAUACAUAGAAUUAAACCGCCGACCGGUAAAGGCUAUUCGGGUCCAAUAGUACCGAUGAUUCCCGACGUAGCUCGCAGAAGAUCAACCUCCAAGAACGGAAGCUUUGAAAAUCAAGAACCAACUUCACCUAAGAUUUCUUGCAUGGGCCAAAUCAAGCACAAGAAGAAGAUAAUCAACUGUAACAGCAAUAAAAAUCAAGAAAUGAAGCCGGAAAAGACAGUUACCAGUAGUCCCCGGCCUCGUGAAAUCAAGAAACAUGCGUCGACGAUUAAAAGAUUUUUCAGUAAUGUCGGAAAAGGGCCGGAGCAUGGAAGAAGAAGAUCUGAUGCUUCCAUUUACGACAAGCCGCCGCUUACUGAUACUAGUCAUAGAACACCGGCUUUGGGUCAGUUGAGGCGGUUUGCUAGUGGGCGUGAUUCUUUUGCUAAUUUUGAUUGGACGACUCAGGUUGCUCCGGAGGAAUCAGAGCACCGGAAAUACUAUUCCGACGAAGAAGACGAUCAAAGUGAUCCAGACGAUGAUGUGAUUAUUCCCUUUUCUGCACCUAUAAUUGUUGGUCCGGUAGUGGAUAAUUUGCGGCCAAGGAAAGAAAUUAAUAUAUGGCAGCGAAGAACCAUGAGUCGGCCUCAGCCUCUUCAGUUAAAAGUUAUGGUCAGACCAACCUGAUUGAAAUUUUCUUGUUUUUUUUAUUAAGUGCAUAUUUUUGCAGUAUUUAGUUCUUUAAUUAUUAUCUAUAGAUUAUUGAAGAAACACAGGAUAAUUUUUUUAGAAAUAUGUAAAUCUUGUUAUAUCUCUCCUUUCAACUGUACUACUCAGUUUUAAUUUA